GUGUUCCGUGGGACACCCCAGCGUCAUGGACGGCAAGUACACUUCGCUCCCCACACAACAUCAGGACGCACAGUGGUGUCCUCGAAACUUCCUCCACCGGCAUCGUUUGGUCUUCCACGUGGAGCAACGACCAUGCGAGACCCUCCAGGCACUGCCGCAGGAUUUGGCCGAGGCGCUCAGCCAACUCGAUGCGACCGACUCGCUGGACCCCAUGCGCUGGGUG